GGGCCUGGACACCAGGGACGGGCCUGAACCCCGGGGACGGACAUGAGCCCCGGGAUGCGCCUGAGCCCCGGGGACGGACAUGAGCCCCGCGGGCGGCUCGGAGCCGCAGGAAGGGCCUGGGCCGGCCCGAGCCCGGCCCGCGGGGCUCCGUCCGUCCGCCCCUCGCUGAGGGCCGCGCUGGUACCGCCCGGGCCCCGGCGCCUCGCGACACUCGGCGGCGCUUUGCGGCGGCCGCGGCCCGCCCUACGGCAGCCGGGAGGCGGUGGCGGGUCACGGCGGCGGCGGCGCUUUCCGGCAGGAGCAGGAUGAGCUUUUACGACGUGUUCCGCGGCUUCUUCGGGUUCCCGGGGGCGCGCAGGCCCCGGGACCCGCUCUUCGGCGGCGACGCGGCGUGGGACGAGGAGGACGAGGAGGAGGACGGCGACGGCUGGGCCCCGCCGCGGCCCCCUGAGCACUUCGGCUUCGGCGGCUUCGAGGAGCUGCUGCGCGACGUGGGCGAGCUCCUGGGCGCCUUCGGGGGCGCCUGGGCCGGGCCCCCCCAGCCCUUCGGGCCCCCCCUGCCCAGCCCCAGCGAGGACGAGGACGGCGCAGGGCGGCCGCUGCGGGACUCCAUGCUGAAGGACCCGGACGGUCCGGUGCCCCCGGAAGGCCCCGGCGCCCGCCGGCGGCCCUGGAGCCCCUUCGCAGCGCUGGAAGACCCCCCGCCGGCUCCCCCCGGCCUCAAGGAGGACCAAGACUUGGACUCCCAGGUCUCCUCCGCGGGGCUGGGGACCAUCCUGCGACCGACCGAGCCAAAGCCCCGCUCCUAUUUCCAGAGCGUCUCCGUCACCAAAGUGACCCUCCCUGACGGGGCGGUGGAGGAGCGCCGGACCGUGCAGGACAGCCAGGGCCGCCGGGAGACGACGGUGACGCGCCGCAGGGGCGACCAGGCCUUCAUCGCCACCACCAAGGAGGACGGGCAGAGCAGGGACUACCGGGAGGAGGUGGUCAACAUGGACGACCGGGAGCUGGCGCAGUUCGCGGGUGCCUGGCAGCAGCACGACGAGCUCCGCACUCCCGGCCCGAGCGACUCUUCAUCCGCGCUGGGCCGCCUCUUCCGGCGCUGGUUCUCCAGCUGGUAGCUGCCGAGCGCCGCCGGGAGCCUCCGUGUGUCCGAGGCCGCUGGGACCCGGCGCCUGGACCGGGGCUGCCUCCCGGGGUGCCGCUGAGCCGCUGCCACCCCCGGGGGCUGAGUGUGUGCGUGUGCGCGUGCGUGUGUGUGCAGAGCAAUAAAGUCUAUUUAUGCUAA